AUGAGGCUACCAUUAUUCCUUGCGCUAUGGAUUGCGCGGCAGUUCUCGACGAUAUCGGCCAACGAUUUCUCUUCUUUUUUGAGCGCAAAUGCAUCGUUGGCCGUUGUCGUUGAUCACGAUUACAUGCACAAGCGAGGCCAGAAUAUAAUAGCGCACUUUGAGAAAAUCCUGAGCGAUACCAUACGCGAAAACAUGAAAAAUGGUGGCAUUAAUGUUCGUUACUUUACGUGGAAUGCCGUCCGUCUUAAGAAGGAUUUUCUGGCUGCCAUUACUGUGACCGAUUGUGAGAACACAUGGAACUUUUACAAGAGCACGCAGGAGACAUCGGUGUUGCUUAUCGCCAUAACUGAUUCGGAUUGUCCGCGAUUGCCAAUCAACCGGGCGCUAAUGAUACCUAUGGUGGAUCAUGGCGAUGAGUUUCCACAAAUUAUCCUCGAUGCCAAGGUUCAGCAGAUUCUGAAAUGGAAAACAGCCGUCGUUUUUUUGGACCAAUCCAUACUUGACAGUAACUCGAUGCUGGUUAAGUCGAUUGUGCACGAGAGCACAACUAAUCACAUAGCUCCCAUAUCUCUGAUACUUUAUAAAAUUGACGACUCGCUGCGCGGCCAGAAGAAACGCAGCGCCUUGCGACAGGCCCUUGCCCAGUUUGCACCCUUCAAGCACGAGCUACAACAUCAGCAGUUUCUAGUACUAUCCCAGUUUUACGAAGAAAUCAUCGAGAUUGCCGAGAGUCUUAAUAUGUUUCAUGUCAACAAUCAGUGGAUGUUUUUUGUACUGGAGGAAUUGCAACGCGAUUUCGACGCCAACACCAUCACCAUUAAUCUGGACGAGGGAGCUAAUAUAGCGUUUGCCCUAAAUGCGACCUCACCCGACUGCAUGGAUACGCUAAACUGCACCAUAACUGAGAUUUCGAUGGCCUUUGUCACAUCCAUAUCACGCAUGAUAUUGGAGGAGCAAUCAAUAUACGGUGAGAUAUCCGAUGAAGAGUGGGAAUCCAUAAGAUCAACCAAACAGGAGAAACAAGACGAAAUUCUAACCUACAUGAAGGACUACCUAAAGAACAACAGCAGAUGCGCUAGCUGCGCCAAAUGGAGCGUCGAGACUGCCGUCACAUGGGGGAAAAGCCAGGAGAAUCGUAAAUUUCGCAGUGCACCGACACGCGACGCCAAGAAUAGAAAUUUCGAAUUUGUAAAAAUUGGCUACUGGAGUCCACUUCUUGGUUUCGUGUGCCAGGAACUGAUGUUUCCACAUAUUGAACAUCACUUUCGCAACAUUACCAUGGACAUUGUCACAGUGCAUAAUCCGCCCUGGCAAAUUCUGACCAAGGACAGCCGAGGUGUUAUAGUCGAGCAUAAAGGCAUUGUCAUGGAAAUACUUAAGGAACUGAGUCGAGCUCUGAACUUCACAUACUAUCUUCACGAAGUCAAGGAGGAUGAAUUUGAUUACAACCUGAGCAGCAAUGAAAGCGAGGAACUGGUGGGUUCGAUGACAUUCCGAAUUCCCUACAAAGUCGUCGAGUUAAUGCAGGGCAAUCGGUUCUUCUUAGCUGCUGUGGCGGCUACUGUCGACGAGCUGCAAAAUAAACCCUUUAACUACACCCAACCGAUUAGUGUGCAGAAGUAUUCGUUCAUUACACGACAACCCGACGAGGUGAGUCGCAUCUAUCUGUUCACAGCCCCCUUCACGCUAGAGACUUGGGGCUGUCUAAUGGGCAUUAUUCUGGUGACCGCGCCGGUUUUAUAUGUGAUCAAUCGGCUAUUACCGCUACACGAACUUAAAAUUAGCGGCCUUAGCACGAUGAAGAAUUGCUUCUGGUAUGUAUAUGGCGCUCUAUUGCAGCAGGGCGGAAUGUAUUUGCCGAAGGCAGACAGCGGACGGCUUGUGGUGGGCUUCUGGUGGAUUGUUGUUAUUGUUCUCGUCACCACCUAUUGUGGCAAUCUGGUGGCAUUUCUCACCUUUCCAAAGUUUCAACCAGGUGUUGACUUUUUAGGGCAGCUAUCCCACCACAAAGAGAUUAGUCAAUAUGGAUUGCGCAAUGGAACUUUCUUCGAAAAGUAUACACAAAGCACCACACGCAAAGACUUUAUGGACUACAUGGAACGUGCAGUCAUAUACAGCAAUGGCAAUGCCGAAGACAUUGCGGCAGUUAAAAGCGGCAGGCGUGUCAAUAUCGAUUGGCGUAUCAACUUGCAGUUAAUUGUGCAACAACACUUUGAACACGACAAAGAGUGUAAAUUUGCGUUAGGUAAGGAGGACUUUGUGGAUGAGCAGAUCGCCCUAAUUGUGCCGUCGGACAGCGCCUAUUUGAACCUUAUCAAUCACCACAUCGACCGCUUGUUCCGCAUGGGCUUUAUUGAGCGUUGGCACCAGACCAAUCUGCCCUCCAUGGACAAGUGCAGUGGCAGAAGCUUGAUGAGACAAAUCACGAAUCACAAAGUAAAUCUUGAAGAUAUGCAGGGCUGUUUCCUCGUACUAAUAUUUGGCUUCUCUACCGCGGUGUUCGUGGCUUGUAUUGAGUUCUGGUAUUUUCGCCUUUAUGUUCAGAGCAAUCAGCGCAAACGCAGCGUCUUUGCCAACUGAGAAACCCUCAGAUGAUGGUAAGUCGCCGGUGGAUUACUUUAAAAACUAAAAAAUUUAUGAAAUAAGU